CGGGCCCGUGAGUCUGAGCCCCCUACUACUUCCGCUCCCGGCGGCCCGAGACCGGAAGCGGAAGUGUGCGGUAGCGGUGGCAGAAGGCAGCGGCGGCCGUGCGAGGGUUGUGCCGCGCUACGGUGGGAGUGUCUCCGACAGGGAAUCUCAAACCCAAAGAGUCAACUUCCAUGCAGGAUAUUUGGGAGGAAAAAUCAUCUCAUGAUGUGCAGAUGCGUCUCUGGGGGCUCAUGGCCUGACCUCCAGCUGGGGUAUCCGUGAUCCGAGAGGUAUCAGGUCUGCCUCUGCAUCUCCUUGGAGACCCUCGUCGAAGGCUGGCACCUGCAGUGGGAAGGGGGGCCAGGGGUCUACCUGAAGAUACAGACUGAGCCCUCAGUGGGAGAGAGGGGAGCACCUUCGACUGAGGAGGACCUGCCAGCUUUGCCGAAGUUGCCUUGGUCUUCUGGAUACACGCACCACCGCUAGCUCUCUCCUGCACCAUGGAGACUGUCCUGCCAGCUUGCUGCUUCCACCUGAGGCCAGAGGGAUUCCUGAGAAAUGCAAGUCAGGUUCACACCUCUCCAGAGAAAGCAGCACCAUUCCAGGGAAGUUCAAGUCCUUUCUCCUACCAUAGGGCUUCCUUCUGGGAACUACUCAGCCACCCCUGCUUACUCUGUCCCCCGUGGUCUUUCUGCUGCCCCACAGCCUGCCUAGCUGUCCCUCCCUUCCACCUUUGCUCCAGCCUUUCCCUAACUGGGGGCUCCCCCGCUGCUGGUGGCCACUCAGAGGAUGGGCACCCUCUUUCCAUUCCAUUUUGGCGUUGAAAUUCUAUCACAGUGAUUAGCUUAAUAUAUUCAAGAGUUAGGCAAAUCUCAUCAAGGUAAGUGGGGUGUCCCUUUUAUCAGGAACAUUACCCAGAGCAGGGCCAGUCGUGCAAAUUCAGUUGGGGUAAACGGGUGUAAGAGGAAUGCCACGACUUUAAACGGGACCUCUGUCACUUUGUCCAGGGACGGAAGGCGCCAGUGCAGACCCAGAGGGUGGUGAUGCCUGUGCUGGGCCUCUUUGACCUGGGGGUAUCCGGGUGCUCUGCUCUGCCUGCUCAGGACCCAGCCUGGCUUCAGCAGGAGAGCACAGAAGUGAUGACUCCUGGAUUGCUGACCACCUGUUCACAGGAACCAGUAACCUUCGAGGAUGUGGCCGUGGUGUUUACCCAAGAAGAAUGGGUGUUUCUGGACUCUGCCCAGAGAAGCCUAUACAGAGAAGUGAUGCUGGAGAACUGCAGGAACCUGGCUGCAGUGGGAUAUCAACUGUGCAAACCCAGUGUGUUUUCCCCUUGGGGGCAAAUAGAAGAACUGUGGACCACCGAGAGAGGACUCUUCCAAGGAAUUUGUCCAGAACCUCAGCUUCAACUCCAAGAGUCAAUUCCUAACCAAGAUAUUUUUGGGGAGAUCCCAUCCAUUGUCAUGAAAAGGGAGCUACCUCAACCUGGAGGAAAACUCUAUAAAUGUAAUGAAUUUGAGAAGUGCUUUAACAGCAUUGAACUGCAUUUUCAAUACCAGAGAAUUCAUACUGAAGAGGCCCCCUAUGAAUGUAAAGAAAAUGGACAAUCCUUCCAGAGCUGUCACCUGAUCGUGCCUGAGAAAAUUUGUAGUGGAGAUAAAAGCUACGCAUGUAACAAAUGUGAAAAAUCCUUCAGAUACAGUUCUGACCUUACCAGGCACGAGAAAACUCAUACUUCAGAGAAGUUCUUUGAAUGUCAAGAGUGUAGGAAAGCCUUCAAGUAUUCUUCAAAUCUUCGACGACACAUGAGAAUUCAUACUGGUGAGAAACCCUUUGAAUGUAAUCAGUGUGGGAAAACCUUUACAAGGAACUUUAACCUGAUUUUGCACCAGAGAAACCAUACAGGAGAGAAACCCUAUGAAUGUAAGGAUUGUGGGAAAGCUUUUAAUCAACCGUCAUCUCUUAGGAGUCAUGUGAGAACUCAUACUGGAGAGAAACCCUUUGACUGUAAUCAGUGUGGGAAAGCUUUCAGGGAGCACUCAUCGUUGAAGACACAUAUGCGUACACACACUAAAGAGAAGCCUUAUGAAUGCAACCAGUGUGGGAAACCCUUCCGGACAAGCACUCACCUCAGUGUGCACAAGAGGAUACACACUGGGGAGAAACUUUAUGAGUGUAGUACUUGUGGUCAGGUCUUGAGUCGUCUGUCAACUCUUAAGAGUCACAUGCGCACUCACACUGGCGAGAAGCCCUAUGCAUGUCAGGAAUGUGGGCGAGCCUUUAGUGAGCCCUCAUCCCUUAGGAAACACACAAGAACUCACACUGGCAAGAAGCCCUACAUGUGUCAGGAAUGUGGAAGGGCCUUUGGCCAGUCUUCACACCUUAUUGUACAUGUGAGGACCCACACUGCAGGGAAACCAUAUGCGUGUAAUCAGUGUGAUAAAGCCUUCCGGCACAGCUCUUCACUUACUGUGCACAAAAGGAUUCACAGUGGGAGAGAAAACGUGAGGAAUAUUGGCUUGCCUGUAUCAGUGCCUCAUCUGUAUGGUGGGCCCUUUGCAAGUUAAGUUCCAGUUUUUAAAAAUGUAACUAUUUGGGGCUAUAAAUGUCCCUCUUAGGACUCUCUUAGCUGUAUCACGUGUUUUGAUAUAUUUUUUAUUUUGGGUUAAUUCUAAAUGUCGUCUUAAUUUCCACGAUCACUUAUUCUUUGACUCAUGAAGUAUUUAGAAUUAGAGCUUUAAAUAACAAUAUAUGGAUAUAUUUUUUAUUGAGGCAUAAUUAACUUAUAGUGAAAUGCAAAGCCUUAAAUGUACAGUUGUAUGAACUUGUCAGAUGUCUACAUAUAUGUAUGUAACCAACAUCCCACUCAAGAUACAGAAUAUUUCUAUCAUUCUGGAAAGUUCGUUGCGUGCAUAUGGGUGUUUUUUAGUUGCCUUUUUAUUAUGGUUUUUAAUUUAGUUACACUGUGAACAGAGUACAUGAUCUUUAUGCUAUUGAAUCUUAGAUAUUUGUUGAAAAAAAUUUUUUUUAAAUUUUAGAGUGGCAUGUACUGUUAGUUUUCUUCCCAAAUUGCCCCUUCUUCUUUACAAAAGUACCUGGGUUUUUUGCUCAGGUUGGUAAUGUGCACUAUUAAAAAACCUUCACCUCCCAGCCCUUCUCGCAGCCAGGAGAGGUCAUGUGUCCCCUAGUGCUGGUCAGUAUGAAUAUGAGAAGUCACUGGCUGUGGCUUCUGGGAAAACUGUAGGAAGGGAGUGGUUUCAUUUAGCUUGAUCCUCCAUGUCUUGCCUUUUGUAACAGCAGACACAAUGUCCAGAGCUAGAGGAGCCAUCCUGUUACCCUGAGGAUGAAAGCCACAGGUUAAGGACAGAAAUCACAAUGAUCCUGAUUCCUCAGUGGUAUUUUUGUGUGGCUGUACCAGCCCUGGGCUGUUCGUUUCUGGUUGUCUUGUUAACAUGGACAAAUAAAAUACUUCGUACUGGUAGAAGACACCAUUUUUUUGGAGUGGUAGUUGGUGGCAAGGGCGGGGUGUUAUAGCUGAAUGCAGUCCCUAAUUGAUUCACUUAGUAUAUAGUCAGUUUUUAUAGAUACUUCAUGUGUUGUUGAAAUCAAUGUAUGUUUUCUACAUAUGUCCACUAGAUCAAGCAUGCUGUUCAUGUUUAAUAGUCUACAAAUUUAUAAAUAUUAGUCUGUUAUCUAUCAUUUACUGAGAGAACUAUGCUAAACUUCUACCAUGAUUGUUUUGUUGAAUAAUUUUGUAAUUAUGUCAGUUUUUAAAUUUAUAUAUUUUGAAGCAAUGUAAUUAAAUGGAUAACCUUCACAUUUUAUACAUUUCUAGCAAAUUGUUACUUUUAUUCUUAUAAAGUGACCAUCUUUCUCCUUAGCAAUGAAUAUUCAACCAUUCAUCAUCAUAAUAGCAAGUACUUGUUUAGAGCUUACUUUUAAUAGAUGGUUGGGUUCAAAUUGUGGUGCUGACAAAAAAUAUCGAACAUACUGUGGACUGCCAGAAGAACUAACAACUCAGUCUUAGAAGAAAUACAACCAGAACGCUCCUUAGAAGCGAGGAUGAUGAGACUUGUUUACUUUGCACGUCAUUAGGAAA